AAUGAGGGGAGCAGGGGAGGGUUACAUCUCCACAAGUUAUUAUGCAAGACCGGCCAAGUGUAUAUAAGGGCACAACUUGACAGAAAACCAGAGGAUCUCUGUGAGCAGUUCACAGUUUGCUAAACAGAAGAAUGCUGCGAUACGCUGUGGCCCUCUGCCUCCUGGCUUUGUCCUGGGCACAGGACUGCCAGCUGUCAAACAUCCAGGUCAUGCAGAACUUUGACAAGACCAGAUAUGCAGGGACAUGGUACGCAGUAGCAAAGAAGGACCCAGAGGGUUUGUUCUUAAUUGACAACAUCGUGGCCCAGUUUAAUAUCGACGAACUUGGCAAAAUGACUGCCACUGCUAGGGGCAGAGUCAUCAUCCUCAACAACUGGGAAAUGUGCGCCGACAUGUUGGCAACCUUCGAGGAAACCCCUGACCCUGCCAAGUUCAGGAUGAAGUACUGGGGAGUCGCAUCCUACCUGCAGACUGGAAAUGAUGACCACUGGGUGAUCGACACCGACUAUGAUAACUACGCCAUCCACUACUCCUGCAGACUACUAGACUCUGAUGGCACCUGCCUCGACAGCUACUCCUUCAUAUUCUCUCGCCAUCCAACCGGUCUGAGGCCGGAGGACCAGCGCACCGUCCACCAGAAGAAGAUGGACGUCUGCCUGUUGGGCAAAUACAGACGCGUUCCUCACAAUGGCUUCUGUGACAGCAGUUGAUCUGCUGCCACUCAGAAGACGUCUUUCUGAACACAUCCCCAUUACUGCAUGUCCGUCUGCUGUUCUUGGACCGAAUCCCACCAGAGUCCUCUCUCCCAUACUGUCUUUAGCUAUCUUAACAGAGAAAGAAGCCCAUUCUUCUUUAACAUUAAAUUAAAGAAAUGGCUAAAAACAUUCACACGACUAUACUGUAAACAAAAACGAAAGACUGUUGAUGUCACUUUAUUAAAUUUGCUCAUUAGUAAAGAGGAGUCUUAGCCUUUUAACACUUUAUCUGUCUCAUUUUAUUUUUAUUUGUAUAGAAACAUUUAGAGUUGUGUAUAUCACAUUUCUUUAUAGAAAUCGGUGCAAAUUGUUACGGUAAGAACACUGCAAAUUCAGAUCUCCAAAACUUGUGGAAUUUUUGAGGCUGAUGUGACAAAUAAUCACUUGUGAAAAUCUCUUUCAUGGGAAGCUGAAACCUCAGCAUCACUGCAGCUCUGGAGUAUAACCACCAUGUUUACUAAUAAACAGGUUCACAAGCCACUGGCUUUGCCUUUACACUGUAUCAUCAUCAGCACAAAAGCAGACUUAAAAAAAAUAAAUGUAAUACAUACAUAUUAAGUAAUGUGCUAUAUAAGAAUAUUAGUUUGGUUGUCUCGUGAUUGUAUGGUGUAUAUUCUUCAUCCAGUUUUUGAAAUAAAACAUUCAUGCGGC